AUUUCCGCUGCGUUACAAGCUAUCUUCAUCCUGUUCCAUAAAAAAAUUAUGAAGCUGUCUUAUAUAAAAUUUCUUUAUCAAAAAGUUGAGUCCUCUGACUAAAAUUAUAAAAAUGUCGUCAGAUAAGAAAGGCUUUACGAAGGAUGAGGCGUCUUGCGAGGAAAAACUUGGAAAAUCACCACCAUUGCCGCCACAACCACAAAUCACAAUGGCAAUAAGUGAGAGCGUAGCUGAGCGUAUAAAGACGGGAGCCGUAGACGAGGAACGCCUCAGGAAUUACGAUAAUUAUUGGAUUGAAAAAUUGGCAUGUAUGGAUAAAAAUCAUACAAUACGAAACAACUUGGAUAUUUUUGAGGCUGAAAAAAUUAUGAAAGGAUUAUUGAACUUUGUACACAGUGGCCGUACCAAAAGUUGUCCCAUCGACAGAAACAAGAUUACGGAUUGCUUUGAAAUGUACGAAGGACACACGUUACGUUGUGAAUCUGAAGUAGCCCAUUUUAUCGGUUGUGUCGAUCGACUUCUUUAUGACACUGUUCGCAAAGAAUUUGGAAACGUUACACCCAACAAGAAAAUGUCUUACGCCGAAAGAUUUCAUAGAGGUUAUUAGGAUAUAAAUUUUUAAUCAGGUCUGAAGAUACAAAUUUUAAGAAGGAAACGUUAUUUAAAUUAGAGUUUUUAAAGAGCAAUUACUGCGGUAUAUAAUUUUGAAUAAUUAAUAUACAAAUCUGCAAAAUUUUAACGUACAUAUAUGGCGUUCUUUUUUGCAAUGUAAUAUCAUUUAUAUUGAAACUUUCUCCGGGUUUUAUAUUAUGUCUACAAUUACUCAGUGUGAAUGCUCCUUAAGUAUGCUAUUUACAUGUAAGCAUAUAUGCCGCGUUACAGCUGACAAUCCAGUCAACGGAAAGCGGACGGCUUUUAACGUCUUUUUUCUUUUUAAUAUUUGUUUUCACAAUAUACGAGAGAGCUACGAUCAAACAAUGCCGUGUUUCUCCGUAAACGUGGCGGCAUAAUUAGAUAGUUACUAUGCUAAUUUAUUAAAGUCAUGUUGCCGCGCGUAAGGAAUAUUAAGAAGCACCUUUAUUAACAAAAGGAAAAGUCACGAACUCUACUAUAGUGUACUGAUACGUCAGUGAAUGCGAGUAAAAAUAUUUUUCACGUAUUAAUAAACGUGAGAUAAUCAAAUAAAUAAACGAAUACGUUAAUUCUUUUGGUAGUGGAAAGUUAAAUAUAUUUGUUUGAGGUAUUAUAUAAUCUUAUCGCAACAUAUAUUCGAAUUUCCUUCUGCUUUCUUGCAUUAUCGACCAACGCAUGUUCUUAUAUCUAAUCAGAAACACGGCUGUCCUUACCACACGUUUUCCAUGGAUCUUUACUGGAAAUAUAUGCUCGCGCGAUUAGGAUACUAACGAGUCGAAUGAUUCUUUAUAAUUAUUCAUGCUGAGUAGUAGGAUUAAUUUGGUGUUGGCAGGUGCAACGUUUCUUCUUACGUUUCACUAUGGAAAUAAAAGUAUGAGAGUAUUCCAAUAGUAGAAGACACAUUUACCCUGUAUGUUUUGAUGAUAAAUUAAAUAGUAAGAUGAGAAGUAAUGAUCUU